CGUAUGCACCGGAAACCACGUGGUCCAGCUUUUACACCACACACACGCAUGGAGCUGCUGGGAUGACUUCUCAGUAGGAACAACCAAAACACAAAGUUAUAUUCUUCAUCGACACCAUGGCGGGCAAAUCGGAAUUUAAAAUCAACUCCAAGUUCGCUCAGAAAUAUGAGAAAUACCGACAGAAAGAAGAACUGCAGAGACUGAAGGAUAAAUACGGAGACCAGGCGGAUGAGAGUCAGUCUGAAGAUGAGUCCAGCUCUGAUGACAGUGAAGUGGAGCUGGACCCGGAGAUUGAGAGAGAUUUCUACAGGACAUUAUCUCUGCUGAAGAAGAAGGACCCGAAGAUUUAUGAGACUGAUGCCAAGUUCUACUCAGAAGGGGCGUCCACCAGCGAGGACACGCCUUCGACCUCUAAGAAAGGCGUGAAGCCGAUGUACCUGAAGGACUACGAGCGCAAAGUCAUUCUGGAACGAGAAGGAAAAUAUGAAGACGACGAGGAGAGUGAUGACGAGGAGGCGAUCAAGAGACGAGAGCGAGCCGCCUCCCCGAGCUACAUGCAGGAGCAGAGGGAGCUGAAGGAAAGCUUCCGUAAGUUCAUCCAGGACAGCGACGACGAGGAGGAAAAGGAAGGCAGCGAGGGAGAGAAAGAACCCCAGCUGCUGAUCAGGAGGAUCAAAACGCAGGAUGAGAAGGAUAAAGAAGAAUCAGACUAUGUGGACUGGCUGAAAGGUCAGGCGGAGGUCGAGGGCCCCGAGGAGGUGAAGGACAUGAAAUACCUGAGAGAUUACUGGAACGACCCGGAGCUGGACGAGAAAGAGCGUUUCCUGAGAGACUACGUCCUCAACAAAGGAUACCUGGAAGAAGACCAUGAAGAAGAACGGAUCCCGACCUACGACGAGGUGGUCCAGGACGACGUGGAGGACUCUGAAGAGGAAGGCGAGACGUUCUUGGAGCGUCAGGACGACUUCGAGAGAAGCUACAACUUCCGCUUCGAAGAGCCCGACGCACAGGAGGUCAAAACGUACCCGCGUAACAUCGCCACGUCUGUACGCUCCAAAGACGAGAGCCGGAAACGGAAGAGAGCAGAAGUGAAGGACAGGAAGCAGAAGGAGAAAGAGCAGAAGCGCGAGCAGCUGAAGACGCUGAAGAACCUGAAGAGGAACGAGAUCAUGGAGAAGCUGAAGAAGCUUCAGGAGCUGACGGGGAACGAGCAGCUCGCCUUCAGUCAGGACGACCUCGAGGGAGACUUUGAUCCUCAGCAACACGAGCAGCUCAUGCAGAAGUUCUUUGGGGACGAAUAUUACGGAGGAGCAGAAGAAGAGAAACCUCAGUUUGACGAUGAAGAGGAAAUCGAAGAUCACUGGAACUGGGACACGUGGACCGGAGAGAAAGGAGAGGACGACGGCGGUGAAGAGGAAGAGCUCGAUGGCGAGGACUAUGACGCCUCGGGGCCGCACUGCGAAGACGAUAACUUCAUCAUGGACGCGGACUUCGACCCCAGCCUGCAGACGGCCUCCAAGAAGAAGAAGAAGAAGGAGAGGAAGAAGAUGAAGAAGGACGAUCUGCCGCAGACGGGCAAGAGGAGGAAGAAGUCUCACUUCGCAGAGGCCGUCACCAAGGAGAAACCCGUCUUUGAUCCACAGGAGAAGUCCUUCGAGCAGUACCUGGACGAGUACUACAAGCUGGACUACGAGGACAUCAUCGACGACCUCCCGUGCCGGUUCCGUUACAGACAAGUUCUGCCCAACGACUUCGGCCUGAGCACCAACGAGAUUUUAGAAGCUAACGAUAAGGAGCUGAACAGCUGGUGCUCUCUGAAGAAGACGUGCAUGUUCAGGUCUGAAAAGGAGGAGAUGAGUGAUCUGAAGAAUUAUAAAAUCAAAGCCCAGAAUGAAAAGAGGAAGAGAGAGAUCCUGAGCUCCGUGUAUUCUGAGGAGGACAAAGAGGCUGCAGAGGCUAAGACCAAAGUGGGGAAGAAGCGAAGAGAUCGUGUGAAGAAUGCUGAGAAAGAAAUCCCAGGAGCGGAGGACGGAGACGCUGCGGCGUCCGACCCGGACUCUACAAGAGAGACUCUCGCUCAGGACGGGGAAGACAACGACGAGGAGGUUCUGGUUCCCGUGAGUAAGAAGAUGAAAGCAGAUGAAGAACCCCAGGCGGCGGUCACUGCAGAGGAAACUGCAGAUAAAACCAACAAGGUGAAAAUCAGGACUGAGGUCCCGCCGUGGCUCAGGAACAAGCCUCAGUAUCCAGGAUGGCAAGGCGUCAAAAGAACCGGGGUGAAAAUAGGCGGGCGGGAGUUCAGCCGGUCGAGACUGAAGGCGUACGGUCUGAACCCCAAGAGACUGUUCUUCAGACAGCUCGGCCGAACGAGACGAAAAGCUCAGGAGAAGAAAGAGAAGCAGAAAAACAAAGAGAGGCUCUGAGAUCAGAACAAUACAAAGAUUUUUAUAGUCUGAUUAUUAAAUGUUUUCAUCAUGAAAAACAUUUGAUUCAUGUUUAUACUAUUAUAAAUAAGAUGACAUGCUGAAAUGUUUUCUCUUCUACAUUCAUGUGUUUAAGAUUUCACAAUGACUGUAAUAAACAUUUAUUAUUCAUAAAUCA